UUUGGUCAUUUAAAUUUUUAUAAUUCUUUCCCUUCUCUCCUUUCAUUAUCCGCUUCUUUUUCUCCAGAGUCCAGAGACGAGAGCGGGAAUGAUAACCACCACCACCACAAUCGUCGCAAUUCCGCCAACUCACUCCGCCGCUAACCCAUGGUGGCGCGGCCCAUCAUCAACCAUCAUUAGGUUUCCGCCAUCUAAGCUGAGGCCUCUCUCUUCUUCUCCUUCCACUUCUGUCUCUGUUGUUGAAGAAGGAGAAGAAGAAGCGCCUCCUCUUCCUUCUGAUGCAGCAGCUCCUCUCCAAUCCCAAGAUCCUCCUCUCGGGGGUUGUAAGGCAUGUGGGAGAGAGGAAAUGGAGAAGGGGUGUAAUGGUGAGGGAAGGAUCCAAGGUGGGAUUGGUACAGUUCCAGGGUUUGGUUGGUGGCCAAUAAAGGCUUACAGGCCUUGCCCUGGGUUUGUGGCAUCCGGUGGUAGGUAUAGACGCCGUGGGCAAAGCAUGGAUGAGGUUGCCUUUGGAAGGGGGGGAAAAGGAGCAUCCAUGGCAAGCGACGAGGAUGUACAAUCAAGGCAGAAAAAGAAAAGACCCAAGGAGAUUUAAAAGGUAGGUGCAUUGUGCUGGGAUGCACAAUGCACAGACUGUGUGGAGCCAGUUGCUGUAAUGGAGGUUGAUUUAUAUCCAACCCAUGUAUCAUAGGCUCCAUCUGCUACUUUAAUCCACCAAAAAAAUUUAGAAAGAAUUUCAAUCUUUCAAAUGUAUUCAGGUGGGUUUGUGCCAUGUUUCUGUAAUACUUCUCAAAAUCUCCAGUCUUUCCUGCCUUCUUCUA